GACACGGAUGGUUCCGCAGUCGUUGUUGUUUUGCUUCUGGUCACUCAUCAGGCGGACAGCAGCCGCUGAAGAUGAUGGAGCAUUCAGCAUCAGACUCAGAAACUGAAGAUCAUGUUCAGCCUUUACUUCGCAGGAAAGAUACCGACAUUCAGAAAGCUCCUGCUUGCUGCUCCUCACGUUAUGGGUUGGCCUUUUUGUCGUGUUAUGGCUUCUUUGUGGCAUAUGCCCUCAGGGUGAACCUUAGUGUGGCAAUGGUGGACAUGCUGAAAAACCGUACCAGUGCCAACAGCAGUUCCUCCGUCUGUCCUCAUCACAGCAGCCCUGUUCCCAAACACAAUCACACUGCCAGUGUGUAUGACUGGGAUUCAGAGACUCAGGGCUGGAUCCUGGGCUCUUUUUUCUAUGGAUAUAUACUUACUCAGAUACCAGGUGGCUACUUGGCACGCAAGUACGGUGCAAAGUGGCUCUUGGGUAUUGGCAUCCUUUGCACUGUGAUCUUCACCCUGCUGACUCCAGUAGCUGCUGACCUAGGAGCUGGUUACCUCAUCGCUGUCAGGGUGUUGGAAGGUAUUGGGGAGGGAGUGUCAUAUCCUGCUAUGCAUGCAAUGUGGGCGUCAUGGGCACCACCUCUGGAGAGAAGUCGACUGCUCACUAUCUCUUACACAGGUGCUCAACUGGGAACUGUAGUGGCUCUCCCUCUUUCUGGUCAGAUAUGUUUUUAUCUAGACUGGACAUACGUCUUUUAUAUAUUUGGAAUUGUUGGACUUCUUUGGUUUGUCCUUUGGGCUUGUUUAGUCAGUAACACUCCCAGCUCACACAAAAGGAUUACAGAGGCUGAGAAGGCAUACAUAUUGGCAUCUUUAAAAAAUGAACUGUCCCCAACCACAGAUUACAUCCCAUGGACGUCAAUCCUCAAGUCUUUGCCAUUAUGGGCUAUAGUUGUAGCACACUUCUCCUACAACUGGACAUUUUACACUCUGCUGACUCUCUUACCCACCUACAUGAAUGAUAUUCUUGGAUUCAGCAUCCAGCAGAAUGGAAUGCUCUCAGCUCUGCCCUAUCUUGGUUGUUGGUUGCUGGCAUUGCUGGGUGGACAGCUGGCGGACUUCUUGAGAGAGAAAUGUUUUAUGCGCACUGUAAUUGUGCGCAAGGCUUUCACUAUAGUAGGAAUGGUGGGACCAGCUGUCUUCCUGGUGGCUGCUGGCUACACUGGCUGUAACUACACCUUGGCCAUUGCCCUCCUCACCAUCUCUUCUGCUCUAGGGGGCAUUUCAGCGUCUGGAUUUAACAUCAACCAUUUGGAUAUUGCUCCCUCCUAUGCUGGGAUAUUGCUUGGGAUCACAAACACAUUUGCCACUAUACCUGGAAUGGUGGGCCCAGUAAUAGCAAGAUCUCUGACCAAAUCUAAUACCAUUCCAGAGUGGCAAAUUGUCUUCUACAUCUCUGCAGCGAUCAAUAUAUUUGGAGCAGUUUUCUUCACUAUAUUUGGCAAGGGUACAGUCCAGCCUUGGGCUGUUCAGAGAUUAAACAUUCAGUAAAGCAUAUCUACCAGUAGCCAUUUCCAAAAGGCCAAAUGGAUGUACCUAUACUGUAAAGUCCAUAGAAAUCCUGUAGGUAAUUACAUAUGAUUUGCAAACUAAUGAAUACUGCACAAUCCAAUGUUGUUGUUGUUUUUAUAACAUAUCAACAAAUUCUGAUAAUUUUAUUGGUAAUAUGUAUCUGUAUUUGUUAUACACGUCAGUUUAUUUUCUUUUUUCCUCAAAUGAAGGUGCGAUAAAUGAAAAGGGUGAAGGAGGAUACGUGUAGGCCUAUCUUUCAUGAUACAUGUAUUUUUUUAAUGGUACAUCCAGUCAUGAUAAGCAGAUAGGCCUAUAAAGGUUUAAUCACACUACCAGUACAGUCUGAUUCCUGAAAAAAUCACUCAUGAGUUGAGUCUGCUAAGUGAAUGAAAUUAUUUCAGAUUAUUUCAUUAUACUCUCUGACUGAGUCAUACAUGAAUCAGUCAGAGAAAAUAAUGAAAUAAUCUGACUCACUUACAGAAUGAAAGUUACAUGAAUUGGUUUGAACUACUUAAGGCUAAAAGGCUCCCUCAAAUACAUUAUUCUAAUUGGGAUCUGCUCAAGUUUUAUAAUAGGAAUAUUUUAGCCUACUUAAUAUUGUACAACGAUCAUCCCUAUGAAAUAUGCCGUAAUUUAGGCCUAUGAUUAGCACAACAUGCCUUAACCUCGCUCAAACAACAGGACAACAAGGGACAUUUACGUUUAAUUCAUGUUUUGCCUUUUGUAAAGUAUAAUUAAAUGAUGUAUAUAUUUUUGUAUUUCUUCUGUUUUGUGCAAUCGUUAAAAAAUGACGAAUAAAAUGUCAAUUCGUCCCCUUGGAA